AUGGAAGAGAUGGCUAAGCCAGUCAGAAGCGUGGGGAGGGAGGCUUUUUUUGUUUUUUUCCUGACUUCACGUUUGGACGUUGAACGUCAUGAUCCUAGGGAUCGGCAGGCGGGCACAAUGAGGGACAAUUUGAGGCUGAAUGGAGCAAUGGAGGCACAGCGAGCGGUCGGGUCAGCGUCCGGGGUCGGGCAGGCAUGGGUUGAUCAAACACCAAUUUCGUCAUUGGCCGUGGCGGCGUGUGCGGAGUCGGGGAGACGGGGCAUGUCGGUGAUUUUGUACACAGGAGAGGGAAGGGGAGAGGUACACGGACAUGUGCAGUGGGUGGUUAUUGUAGUAGAUGAGUGGUGCGAGGCAGUGCGGAGGAGUGCAGAUGUGGCGUCGUCGACUGGCAAUGAGGGACGGAUUGGUUACGACGGGAUUUGGGAGAAUGCCAUCAAGGGCAAAAGUGGCAGGCAGUUGCAGAGGCCGCCGCAGGGUCCUGAGCCGAUCUUGUACACGUCGAGAUUGGGCGUGCAUGGCCGACAAAACACAGAGUCAACAAUGGCGGAUCAGCGGGCCAAAGCCAAUCAAGCCCGCCGUCGAGUGUGCGCGUGGCCACAACGACCCGCAAAUGCCUUGGGGCGAGGAACCGGUGUGGAUGAAAAGGACAGUCUGCACGCUGGAUACUACACCACAGAAUCGUCAUGGUAG